AUGGGUCAAGGAAAAUCGACCCCUUUGGGUGUGACUCUUGAUCAUUGGAAAGAGGUUCGAGGCCGCGGCUCGGACUUGUCUGUGAUUGUUAGGAAGGGACCCUGGCAGACUUUCUGUUCGUCUGAAUGGCCUACCUUCGGGGUUGGAUGGCCGGUAGAGGGAACCUUUGACACCCAGGUUCUUAAUGAAGUCUUUAACAAAAUCUUUGAUUCCAGGACAGGUCACCCUGACCAGCAGCCCUACAUAAUUGUGUGGCAGAGCCUGGCCCGAGACCCUCCCUCCUGGGUUCGACCCCUUCUUCCUCCCAGAAAUAGGUCGGCCAUUGUCGCUGUGGCGGCAACCACGGGGGACCAGACUAAGAGACCUCUUCAGGACUCUCAGUCUGAUCUUCUUCUCUUGGAUCCUCCCCCUCCUUACCCCCCUUCCUUGGUCCCGGCACCUUCAGCCCCGCCUGCCCUGCCAGGACCCCUGUACCCGGAAGGCCCGGCCCGAGGAACCCGCAGUCGUCGUCACCAGCCUGCCGAGUCGCCCGACUCAACGGUUGCCUGUCCACUCCGUGCCCUCGGGCCUCCCCCGCCCCCUGCCGAUGAUGGUACCCCUACUCUGCCCCCUCUCCAAUAUUGGCCUUUCUCGUCUUCUGACCUCUAUAACUGGAAAACUAAUCACCCCCCUUUCUCCGAAGACCCCCUGAGGCUCACUAGCCUGGUAGAGUCCCUCAUGUUUUCUCACCAGCCCACUUGGGAUGACUGCCAGCAGCUCCUUCAGACUCUAUUCACUACAGAGGAACGAGAGAGGAUCCUUUUAGAGGCCCGGAAGAGUGUCCGUGGGCCAGAUGGGCGCCCGACCCAGCUUCCCCACCUCAUCGACACAGCCUUCCCCCUCGCCCGCCCUGACUGGGACUUCAAUACCGCUGAAGGUAGGGAGCGGCUGUCGGUCUAUCGCCAGACUCUGGUGGCUGGUCUCAGAGGGGCAGCACGACGCCCCACUAAUUUGGCAAAGGUAAGAGAGGUGAUACAGGGACCCACAGAGCCCCCGUCGGUCUUUCUUGAGCGACUGAUGGAGGCAUAUCGGAGGUAUACCCCAUUUGACCCAACCUCUGAGGGACACAGUGCUUCUGUUGCAAUGGCCUUUAUAGGUCAGUCGGCCCCGGACAUCCGAAAGAAGUUACAGAGGAUGGAUGGGCUACAAGAUUUAGGGAUAAAAGACUUAGUGAAGGAAGCUGAGAAGGUAUACUAUAAGAGGGAGACAGAGGAGGAAAAGGAGCAGCGAUUGGAGAAAGAGAGAGAAGAGAAAGAGAGGAAAAAGGAAAGAGAAAGGGAAAAGAGGCAGGAGAAGCAACUUACUCGUAUCCUGGCCAUAGCGGUAGGAGAAAAGCCCCAACAGGGCGCAGGAAAGAAGCAGGGUAGGAAAGAAAGGGCUAAUCUGGGCGGCAGCCGGAGACCUCUAGACCGGGACCAGUGUGCGCUCUGCAAGGAGCAUGGACAUUGGAAGAAUGAAUGCCCAAAGCAAAACAAGGAAAAGGAAACCAAGCCAGUCCUAGCCCUCCACGAGGACAGUGACUAGGGGGGUCGGGGCUCGGCACCCCUCCCUGAGCCCAGGAUAAUACUCAAAGUGGAGGGGAAACCAGUAAGCUUCCUGGUAGACACGGGAGCCCAGUUUUCAGUCCUCAAAAGCCCAUUUGGGACACUAUCGGGAAAGACCUCCCUGGUACAAGGGGCUACGGGGCAUAAAAAAUACCCCUGGACCACUACCCGGAGCAUUGACCUAGGCCGGGGAGAAGUGACUCACUCAUUCCUCGUCAUACCUGAGUGUCCCUCUCCCCUCCUGGGGAGAGACCUCUUGACCAAGCUGGGGGCCCAAAUUACCUUCACCCCAGCAGGACCUACUACCAAAUGGGGACCCCCGAUGGCCCUCACUCUCCGUUUAGAGGAUGAACACCGGCUCUUUCAGCCGACCGGUAAGACCCCUGCUGACCUCGAUCACUGGCUACGGGAAUUUCCUAGGGCGUGGGCAGAGACUGCUGGGGCUGGAGAAGCCACCCAACAACCACCAGUAAUCAUCGAGCUAAAGGCAGCAGCCACCCCAAUAGCAGUUCGCCAGUACCCAAUGCCCAGAGAGGCUAGAGAAGGAAUACAGCCCCACAUUACCCGCCUCCUGGGCCUGGGCUUUCUGGUCAAGUGCCAAUCGCCCUGGAACACUCCCCUCUUGCCGGUCAAAAAGCCAGGAACCAACGACUAUCGACCUGUCCAGGACCUGAGAGAGGUCAACAAGCGGGUUCAGGAUAUCCAUCCUACUGUUCCAAACCCUUAUAACCUCCUCAGCACUAUCCCGGCGGGUCAUAUCUGGUAUACGGUCCUGGACCUUAAAGAUGCUUUUUUCUGCCUCAAACUCCACCCGGAGAGUCAGAAAUUAUUUGCUUUCGAGUGGAAGGACCUAGAGUCGGGGGAUUCCGGGCAGCUAACCUGGACCAGGCUACCCCAAGGGUUUAAGAACUCCCCCACCAUCUUUGAUGAGGCUCUCCAUAAAGACUUAGCAAUAUUCAGGGCAGAACACCCCCAAGUGACUCUCCUCCAGUAUGUAGAUGACCUCCUCUUGGCGGGAGCCACAGAAGAGGAGUGCUUGGCGGGAACCCGGGGUCUCCUGUCCGAACUUUCCAAGCUGGGAUAUCGAGCCUCUGCCAAAAAGGCUCAAAUCUGCCAAAAGAGAGUCACAUAUUUGGGGUAUGCCCUAGAAGGGGGACAACGGUGGCUAACGGAAGAGAGAAAGACCACCGUCCUACAGAUCCCCACUCCACAGACCCCUCGCCAAGUCCGAGAGUUCUUAGGAACAGCCGGGUUCUGCCGCCUAUGGAUCCCAGGAUUUGCCACUAUGGCAGAGCCCCUAUACCCACUAACCAAGCAAGGGCAGCCCUUUCACUGGGGAAAGGAGCACCAAAAAGCCUUCCUAGACAUCAAGGAGGCCCUACUUUCGGCCCCAGCACUGGCCCUCCCCGAUGUAGAGAAACCUUUCACCCUCUACGUUGACGAAAGAAAAGGGGUAGCCCGUGGGGUCUUGACCCAGGCUCUCGGACCCUGGAAGCGGCCUGUGGCCUACCUCUCCAAAAGGCUAGAUCCUGUGGCUCGAGGGUGGCCCGCCUGUCUCCGGGCCAUAGCGGCCACUGCCCUCCUCGUCAAGGACACUGAUAAACUAACUCUGGGCCAGAAGCUGACUGUUAUUGCCCCACAUGCCUUGGAGAGCAUCAUCCGUCAACCCCCUGACCGUUGGAUAUCCAACGCCAGGGUCACCCAUUACCAGAGUCUACUCCUAGAUGAAGGAAGGAUUACAUUCGGGGCUCCUGUGACUCUUAAUCCGGCCACCCUCCUGCCCACGGAAGGGGAAGAAGGACAGGAGGUCCUACACCCCUGCCUCGAAAUCCUAGCAGAGGAGACCGGGGUUCGGAGAGACCUGAAGGACACCCCUUUGACGAGGGCGGACUACACUUGGUUCACUGAUGGGAGUAGUUUUCUCCUAGAUGGGCAACGGAAGGCAGGAGCUGCAGUUGUAGACCUUCAAGAUACGGUAUGGGCAAGUAGCCUCCCCGAAGGAACCUCGGCCCAAAAAGCGGAACUAAUCGCCCUCACUAAGGCCCUACAGUUAGCAGAGGGGAAGGCAGUCAAUAUCUACACUGACAGUAGAUAUGCUUUCGCCACAGCACAUGUACAUGCUGCCAUCUACCGGCAGCGGGGAUUGUUAACUUCGGCAGGGAAAGAAAUUAAAAACAAGGCUGAGAUACUACAAUUAUUAGAAGCCGUUCUGCUGCCCCGGCAACUUGCUAUCAUACACUGCCCAGGGCACCAAAAGGGAAAGUCUGAGGUAGCCGAGGGGAACAGAAGGGCCGACCUGGCCGCCAAGGAGGUGGCCCUACAGCCCAGCAUACUUCCGCUGACUGCUUGGCCGAUCCGGACCCCCCCGGAGCCACUCUUCCCAUCAUACUCCCAGAAAGAAGAGGAGAAGUUCCGGGACCGGCCUGACCUCUACAGGUUAAAACAAGGCAUAUGGACCACCAAGGCUGAAGGUAAGCCCAUUGUCCCGAGGGAGGCGGCAGCUGAAUACCUGACCCAGCUUCACAGGUUCACCCACCUAGGGGAAAGGAGCCUCAGGAAGCUCUGUAGUAACACUGGUUACCAUUUCCAAGGCCUCACCAAGACAUUAGAGGGAAUUGUUCAGAACUGUCGGGCCUGUCAGUUGGUCAAUGCAAAAACCACCUCCAUCCCAGAAGGGAAGAGGGGAAGGGGGAGCCGACCCGGAGAACACUGGGAGGUAGACUUUACUGAAAUCAAGCCUACAAAAUACAAGUACAAGUACCUCUUAGUUUUUGUUGACACCUUCUCUGGGUGGGUAGAAGCUUUCCCCACGCGACACGAGACCGCGACCGUGGUAGCCAAGAAGAUACUAGAAGACAUCUUACCCAGAUUCGGACUCCCCAAGGUAAUAGGGUCUGACAACGGCCCGGCCUUCGUCGCCCAGGUAAGUCAGGGGCUGGCCAGGGUACUGGGGAUCAAGUGGAAAUUACAUUGUGCCUAUCAUCCCCAAAGUUCAGGCCAGGUAGAAAGAAUGAAUAGAACCUUAAAAGAGACCAUGACAAAAUUAUCCAUAGAGACUGGCUUAUCAGACUGGACAGCCCUCCUGCCUUAUGCGUUGUUCCGAGCCCGGAACACCCCCAAUUCGGUAGGACUAACCCCUUUCGAGUUACUCUUUGGGACACCGCCGCCCCUGGCUAUAGACCCUUGGAGUAAUCCCUCUCAGCUGUCUGCUCCCCAAUCUCUUCUCGCCAGGCUGAAGGCCUUCGAAAUCCUCCAGAGAGACGUGUGGGCUCCGUUGGCUGAGGCCUACAAGCCGGGAGAGCUGACCGUGCCACAUCCGUUCCAGGUUGGGGACUCAGUUUACAUCCGAAGGCACCGCUCGUCCAACUUAGAACCACGGUGGAAAGGACCUUACAUCGUGCUACUGACGACGCCUACAGCGGUUCGGGUAGACGGGAUCUCGACCUGGGUCCACGCGUCGCAUGUCAAAAAAGCCUCCCAGGAUGAGUCCAAAGGCUGGACUACAGAACGGACUGACAAUCCCCUCAAGCUUCGCCUGCGCCGUACUCCUGCUCCUACAACCGAGACUGAUAAGUAG